CAGCUGGAAUUUGGCGCUAAAGAUACAACAUCCUCUCUCGGUACAAGGAACAGAGCUGCCCUAACUUACGCUCUUAAUCCAACAAAGCUCUCUGUCGCCGAAUAAACUCAUGCAACAUUUCCAGCAAUAGUCAGUGUUGUCACUUGGCUGGUUUUUUUUAAUCCACAACGGUUCAUCUCUUCCUUUCGAAUAUUUCCCUCUAUCUCAUUCUCAGACAUAAGAAUGAUGAGAAAAGAUCGUGACAGAGAUCGAGACGAAAGGUCGAAGGACCGGGACCGGGAUCGUGACAGAGAUCGGGACAGAGACAGGGAGCGUGACCGAGACAGAGAGCGAGAUCGGGACGGCAAAGCUCCCAACUCUGCCCUUAAUCUGAGCGCUGUGUCUGGAGGAGGGAUGCUUCCUCUGAAGCAGACAGCCAUCCAUCAGCAGAUCAACCCCUUCACCAACCUACCCCACACGCCACGCUACUAUGAGAUCCUCAAGAAGCGUCUGCAGCUUCCUGUCUGGGAGUACAAAGAGCGCUUCCAUGAGAUCCUUACACGCCAUCAAAGCUUUGUGCUGGUGGGCGAGACCGGCUCCGGCAAGACCACACAGAUCCCUCAGUGGUGUGUGGAUAUGGUGCGCUCCCUGCCGGGACCUAAGCGUGGAGUAGCCUGUACCCAGCCCCGCAGAGUGGCAGCCAUGAGUGUGGCACAGCGAGUGGCAGAUGAGAUGGAUGUCAUGCUGGGACAGGAAGUUGGCUACUCUAUCAGAUUCGAGGACUGCAGCUCGGCAAAAACCAUCCUCAAGUACAUGACUGAUGGUAUGUUACUUCGAGAGGCCAUGAACGACCCGCUGCUCGAGCGAUAUGGCGUAAUCAUUCUGGACGAGGCUCAUGAGCGCACGCUGGCCACGGACAUUCUGAUGGGUGUUCUUAAAGAAGUCGUUCGCCAGAGAGCAGACCUAAAGGUUAUUGUCAUGAGCGCCACCUUGGAUGCCGGAAAGUUCCAGGUGUACUUUGACAGCUGCCCCUUGCUCACCAUCCCCGGCAGAACACAUCCCGUAGAGAUCUUCUACACACCAGAGCCCGAGCGCGACUACCUGGAGGCGGCCAUCAGGACAGUCAUCCAGAUCCAUAUGUGUGAGGAAGAUGAGGGAGACGUUUUACUCUUCCUCACAGGACAGGAGGAAAUCGACGAAGCCUGCAAGCGGAUCAAACGGGAAAUCGACGACCUGGGCCCUGAAGUGGGCGACAUUAAAAUCAUCCCCCUCUACUCCACACUACCACCACAGCAGCAGCAGAGGAUCUUCGAGCCUCCGCCACCUCGCAAGCCUAGCGGAGCCAUCGGUAGAAAGGUUGUGGUGUCCACGAACAUCGCCGAGACGUCGCUGACCAUCGACGGAGUGGUGUUUGUAAUCGAUCCCGGCUUCGCCAAGCAAAAGGUGUAUAACCCACGCAUCAGGGUGGAGUCACUGCUAGUGACUGCGAUCAGCAAAGCAUCAGCUCAGCAGAGGGCAGGAAGAGCUGGGCGUACGCGGCCAGGGAAAUGCUUCCGCCUUUACACGGAGAAGGCGUACAAGACCGAGAUGCAGGAUAACACGUACCCAGAGAUUCUCAGAUCCAACCUGGGCUCUGUAGUGUUACAGCUGAAGAAGCUGGGUAUCGAUGACCUGGUGCAUUUUGACUUCAUGGACCCACCAGCUCCUGAGACUCUGAUGCGUGCUCUGGAGCUGUUAAACUACCUGGCAGCGCUGAAUGAUGAUGGAGACCUGACCGAGCUGGGCUCCAUGAUGGCAGAGUUCCCGCUGGACCCUCAGCUGGCUAAGAUGGUCAUCGCCAGCUGCGAAUACAACUGCUCCAACGAGAUCCUCUCCAUCACCGCCAUGUUAUCAGUCCCACAGUGCUUUGUGCGCCCCACCGAGGCCAAGAAGGCGGCUGAUGAGGCCAAGAUGAGGUUUGCCCACAUCGACGGAGACCACCUCACCCUGCUCAACGUCUACCACGCCUUCAAACAGAACCACGAGUCAGUGCAAUGGUGCUAUGAUAACUUUGUGAACUACCGCUCGCUCAUGUCGGCAGAUAACGUGCGGCAGCAGCUGUCACGCAUCAUGGACCGUUUCAACCUGCCACGGCGUAGCACAGAGUUCACCAGUCGCGAUUACUACAUCAAUAUCCGCCGCGCGCUGGUCACCGGCUUCUUCAUGCAGGUGGCCCACCUGGAACGUACAGGGCACUAUUUGACAGUGAAGGACAACCAGGUGGUCCAGCUGCACCCGUCCACUGUGCUGGACCACAAGCCCGAGUGGGUGCUGUACAACGAGUUUGUGCUGACCACCAAGAACUACAUCCGCACCUGUACAGACAUCAAGCCUGAGUGGCUGGUGAAGAUCGCUCCACAGUACUACGAGAUGGGCAACUUCCCUCAGUGUGAAGCCAAGCGGCAGCUGGAGCGCAUUGUCGCUAAACUCCAAACCAAGGAAUACACUCAAUACUAAACGCCCUGGACGGCUUAAAGGACAAUAUGAAACUUACCCCGCAGCUGUUCAUGAGGUUUCUUCUGUCAACUCUGAAAGUUGUACAUUUGUCAUCUUGUCAACAUUUAAAUUGUCAUUUAUGUGUUUUUUCUUUCAGUUUAUCGUUAAAAUUAUUUUUAUAAGGAUAUGUUCUUGCUUCCAUCUCUUUUUUUUUUGUUUGUUUUUUUGUUUGUUUUUUUUCCCCUCCUUCUUCCCCCUUCUUUUUUUUCCCUGGCUACUUGUGAGAUUACAGUGUUCACUGUAGACACAAAUGAUGGGUUUGAUUGGGAGUGAAUGCUCAACAGAGAUGCAGACAUCGACCAUUUUUAUUGCAUGAUCAUUCAUGUGGAUGUUGACAUUCCUUAUAGACGUUGCAAACUUUUACUGAAAUGUAACCGAGUAGACAAGUUCUUGUUUAUUCUGUUAAGUAAAACUUUGAAUUCAAUAAAAAAAAUAUUGAUAUCAGCUGUGGAUCACCUCUUAGGUUCAGAGUAUUCUUUGGUUGUACUGUUUGUUGUUUUGUUUUAAGCAAGAUUAAGAUGUUUAACAUUCAACAUAUAAAGAAUGUGUUACAACGGCUAAUAUAUUUAGUCAAGGGUCCUAUUACAUGUGAAAUGUAAGGAUGCCUUUUACCCUUAAUAUUGACCACUAAUUAAUAAAAGCUGAUGAUUAACACUGUUUCAGGAGUGCUAAAGUUGGCAUAUGAGUCUAAUUUGAAUUGUUCGUGUCUGAGAUGCGAGUAGGGGUGGGAUUUGGCAGACAUGGUACCUCCACAAAGCCACUGGUCAAUUUUUCUGUUUUUAGCAGGAGAACACAAUAGGGUUAAUGAAUAGAGGUGAGAUUAAUUAACUUGGGGGACUAAAAAGGAAACUCCUCAGUGGUCAUUUCUCCCAUGAGUAAUAGUACUGGAAGCUCCUUUGGAACAAUCUCCCUUAUGCACAUCCUAAAUUAAAACUGGUCUCACGUUUUCUUUCAUAUCCAAUUAUAUUUCACAAAAUUGUGAUUAAAGGCCCGACAGAGAUUUUUUAUUGAGUGGCCUGGAUUCCUUUCUUUUCUUUUCUUUUUCUUUUUUUAUAGGGUCGGUCACAAAGGCCUAUAGAUAACACUUGAGUUUCAUCAUGUAAGAUGGUUAGGAUGGGAGAAGAGCGUAGACUGGGUGUAAUUGUGUCUGCUUGACCCCUAUUGUGGGGAUUCUUGAAAAGCUUCUUCAUUCUCUGGGUCAACUCCUCAAAUAAAAGGGACCACGUUAGCCAGAGUGUGAAGUGGGUUGGGGGUCAUCUCUGAAGUAAGACUGAAGUAAUCCAAGGUCUUCUGGUGCAUCACUGAUUUUUAGGUUGGGGGCCAAACAGUUACCUGGGUAACUGUAUAUGCGGUCAUUCCAUUCAUCUGUUCCUGCCUUGCGCCUGGGGUUAGAUUGGGAUAGACGCCGGAUCUGUUUUUUUGCUGACGUCCAUGACGGCACUGGUUUGAGUUGACACUAUGCAGCUACAAAAAACACAGACGUUUUCCUCUGUGCAAAUGGUUGAGUAAUAUGCCUCUAUAGCCGGUUUUAGAGCUUACUCCAGCAGUUUAAUGCAUGCUGCAUUCCCAGUUUUCAGUGAAUACCCUCUGACUUGUUUGUCUUCAAUUGAGGGGAUUCUUCGAAUCCUGGUGAAGGCACCAGGCAUAAUCUAUCUCAAUGCCUUGCCCCGCUAGCCUGAGAUUAUGGCAUUUACUGCUUCAUCCCUGUGUUUAUGCAACACUUCGGCUAAGAGAGCGCACGUUUAAUCACGACACCCAGGGGUUCUUUUUGUUAAUCCAUUAGACGUAGAUAAAACACCAAACCCGUUUCUUACCUAUGGCAUUAUACACCAUGGAAGUAUGGGAGAAGUAGGGAUGAGCUUUAUGCAAAAUGGCACAUGAUGAAGGCACAGGAACUUCAAAAGCGACCCUAAGUUACAUGUGCCCCCAGUUUCAAAGGCGCACUGUCAGGAGAGCAGAAACACCGUUGCUUAGCUCUUUGGUGAACAGAAGAGAGGGAGGGGGAAAAUGCUGUGCUGCAUACUGUGGGAGUUCACAUCAGGGCUACUGAAUGUAAUAUUCAAAAGGGAGAGAUUAGCAUGUGUUUUGAUGUUUGUUGACUGUUGGAGCGAAAGCUCUCAGCCCCAAAUUUCUAAGUAGAGGUCUUUUUUUUCCACCCUUAAAUGCACAUCCAUGAAAAUGCUAGAAAGCAAGCCUCUCCAAAGCCAAUAGAAAACAUAUUAGUUUGAGCUGACUGGGAAACUGUGUAGGAUUGAUUGUGAGGUGAGAGAGGCUUUGUCUUGCUUAGGGUUUUUCAACUGAUUCUUACCAAUUAUGUAACUACCAAAUAUAUAGUAAUUAUAGCAUAAUUAAAAUAUUUAAUAAAAAUUAGAUCACACUGAAACAUACUUCUGUUAAACUGAAUAUCUUGAGUUGGGAAAAUUUCUGAAGCAUCAAUAAACUGUAUGCCAAAUUAUUACUAAAAUUGCAUUUUGUCUAUUAUUAUUAUUAUUAUUAUUAUUACAUUUUUGACAAUGUCGAAGCAGAAAGUCCAAUCAGAAAUCGCAGAAUUAGCAAUAGUCAUGCUGAGAAAAUCAGACUUUACUAAUGGCUUUGGAACUCCUUGCAAUUAGUCAUAUAAAAUUGAUGUUUGAAAGAUUCAGCCCUUGGUUUGCCUUGCUAAGUUUAGUUCUCCCUUGGAAGUUUUUUUUCCAUAAAAAUGUCCAGUCAUAUGAAAUGUCCAUACAUACAACUGCCGUCUAUUCCGUCUUGCUGACGGACACAAGUAUUGCGCCAUCAUCCAGACGGCCCUCUGAGCGCUAAGCAUUUUUGCCACACAUCCUACGACCCCCUGUGAUGUUCCUCUGAUACUCUGUCAGGUUUGUAAGGAAGUUUAUUGCAGACACCUAAGCCUUUCCUCUUGCCAUUCAUACAGCAGUCGUCCCAAACGAAGCCCAGACAGGUGUCUUAUCUCCAUCACACAGUGCUGGCGAAGCCUGUCUCGAAGACGAUGCAGUCGAGUGGAAUGUGACAAAUCCAUCUGUCCUG